AGACUUACAAUGAUUUUACAAGCAGUGGCCAUUAUCCUUCUCUGUAUUUGGUUGUAUAAGAAAAAUUCAGACAGUGUUCCUGGUCCACCAAUACUUCCUUUCUGUGGUUCUGCUCCGUUCCUUCUUCUUUUUGAUACAAAGAUGAUAUCAUAUCCUUACAGAAUGAUGUACAAAGUUGCUCAGAAAUACGGGAACGUUAUGAAGGUUGGUCUUGGUAUGCAGGAUUGGUAUGUUCUCUCGAGUUUUGAGGAGAUUCAGGAGUUUUCAAUGACAGACUUUUCCGUCUCUCAUCUUCCAUCCAAGACAUUUGACGAAUUGUACUCGUUUGACCGGCCCCUGGGCAUUAUAUUCCCUGACGGAGCACUCUGGAAGGAUCAGAGAAAAUUCGGAGUCAAAACUCUCCGGCAGUUGGGAGUGGGUAAAUCCAGCCUAGAAGAUAAGAUGGUUCUAGAAUCCAGUAAACUAGUUCAAUAUAUGAAUCAGCUCAUCAAUGGAAAGAGCGGUGUUGUGGCCAUGUCGGACUUUUUUGAUCUUCCUUCCCUCAAUAUUAUAUGGGGGUUGAUCAACUCUUCCAGGUUCGAAUAUACAGAUCAAAAACUUAAGGAACAAAUUCAACUAAUCAACAAGUUUACUAUGGAGAGUACAAUUGGGCCUUUAGUUGCGAUGAGAUCCUUGAAAUAUGUUCCUCCCUUCUCAUUUAUUUACUCCGAUAUCAAGAAUAAUAUGGAUAAAUUCAAACUAUUUAUCAGAAACCUAGUGAACUCGGAAACAGAGAGGUUCCGUGAAGAUGAAGAACUGAAGGGUUAUAUAGAUGCAUUCUUAACGGAGAAAAACAAGUACACUGUUCUCUGUACAGGUGGAAGCGGUACAAUGAGCAAGACAUUAGCCUACGCUGUUCUGUACUGUACACUCUAUCCUCAAGUGGCGGAGAAGGUAGUGAAAGAAUUGGACGAACAUACAUCACAUCUUCCAGUUAUAACACUCGCAUCAAGAAAUGAGCUUGUAUACACUGAGGCUACUAUUACUGAGAUCUCGAGGUUAGCCUCUGUUCUUCCCAUUGCCCCUCCUCGGAAGACAACAGGAGAUAUAAAAGUUGGAAAAUAUACACUUCCAAAAGGAAGUUUAGUUCAGAUGAAUUUGUACGCUAUGCAUAGAAAUAUUGAACACUGGGGGGAUCCAGAAGUUUUUAGACCAGAGAGGUUUUUGAAAGACGGUAAAUUUGUGCAGGACGAAUGGGUUCAGCCGUUCGGGUAUGGGAAGCGUAAAUGUAUAGGAGAGUCAGUUGCAAGAAACAAUACCUUUCUGAUGUUCUCUAAUAUGAUGAGAAAUUUCAAAUUUUCUCCUUCCCCCUCCCAUCCUCUCCCAUCUACUGAACCAGUGGGAGGACUAACAAUAGGGCCCCAGGAGUACUCGGUGCUGGUAGAAUCCAAAGUGAAUAAAUACUAAAGUGGACCAAACUCAUAGUUGGAUGACGACAUUUUAUGUCCCAAGUAUGUCUUUAG